AUUUCAGGAAAACUUAAUAAGAAAGACUUUUAAAUUGGUUGUUACAAAAUUAAAAUAAUUGUUUUUGUAUGAUAAAGUCAAAAGUACAACUAUGUUGACAUUCAAUAUGGCGGUAUGUCGUCAGUGCUGUGCUGUAUCGUGUUCAACUUUAGAGAAUAAGUAAUUAUUAUAUAUAUGUAAAUAUUAAAAGUUAAUCAAAAAGCAACGCUGCAUUGAAUUACAAAUUUGAAAAUAUAAGGCGAUGCAAAUAAGAACUCCGAUCCAGCAAGCAUUGAAGACAUCUGAGGAACAAUAGUAUAUUUCCAGUUUUUAUUGUUUUCAUAGUGUUCUGGUGCAUAAAUUUUGUGAUCUUUGUUCUAAAGACUUUGUGUUUUAAGGGACACAAAUUUUGAAAAUGUGAUUAUGUUUUACAAUAUAGUUAGCACUAUUUAACCAUAACACCAUACUUUCUCUGUGAUAUAUUGGGUUAUAACUGAGAUUUGGACUCGUAUAUAUUAUUUAUAAAAUAUACACUUUGAUAUUGUCUUCGGAGAUAUUGGAAUGUCCGGCAAUCCUCAGUGGAAAUUGUUCCAGCCGCCAGAUUCACAUGUAUCUCCGCUGCGGGACAUUUUAGAUCUUCAGCAUUCUAACAUGCAAUCAAAGCAGGUAUUUCGAAACGGCUCUUUUAGUAGUGAUUUUCCCAGUUCUCCCAGAGAUAACUAUAAUAAUAUGAAUAAGCCAAGUGGUGGGAAUAGAUUUGGCACGGGCUUCAAUAUAGAUACGUGUCCAAUGGGUGAUUCUGUUGGUGUAUUUUCAUCGAGUUCCUCAAACAACACCACUCAGUAUGAUUCUGUAAACAACCCACCCAUUAGAGAAACUGGGAUAAUUGAAAAAUUACUUCACUCUUAUGGAUUCAUACAGUGUUGUGAAAGACAAGCUCGUUUGUUCUUCCACUUUAGCCAGUUCAGUGGCAACAUUGAUCAUUUAAAGAUUGGUGAUCCUGUCGAAUUUGAAAUGACUUACGAUCGGCGUACUGGAAAACCAAUUGCUUCUUUUGUUAGCAAAAUUGCACCUGAAGUAGUCCUGAGUGAGGCGCGUGUCACAGGCAUAGUCACUACAGAAGUUAAGGGGGAAGGUUCUGGUGAUAAUACUGGAAGAAUAUCCUAUGAAAACCGUGGCGAGUGUUUCUUUUUGCCUUAUACCAAGGAUGAUGUUGAAGGAAAUGUGACAUUAAAAAGUGGUGAUGCUGUGAGUUUUCAAAUUGCAACAAACCAAAGAGGCACUCUGGGUGCUUGCCAUGUCCGAUUUGAGAAUCCCGUACAUCCCGUGAAAUAUCAUGGGGUUGUCUGUUCAAAAAAAGAAAAUUUUGGAUUUAUUGAACGUGCUGAUGUUGUUAAAGAAAUAUUCUUUCAUUAUUCAGAAGCAAAAUUAAAAGAGGAAUUAUCCUUAGGAGAUGAUGUUGAAUUCAUUAUACAAACAAGAAAUGGUAAGGAAGUUGCUUGUAACAUAACAAAACUACCAAGUGGGUCUGUUGUAUUUGAAGAUAUAAAUCCUGAGAUUAUGCGGGGACAAGUACUGAAACCCCUGGAAAGAGGUAACAUGCGUGUACCACAAAAUGAUCCACUCCCGGGUAGGAUAAAGUACCGUGCAGCGGAUCACUCUGAAACUGAGGUACCGUUUGGUGACAAAGAUCAAUGUGGUGAAUUCACACUUCGGCAUGGUGAUUGGGUCCAAUUCCAAGUAGCAACAGACAGACGAGAUCAAUUGAAGCGUGCAACAAAUAUCUCCCUUCUAGAUGAGUCUUUUAAUGUUUCUGGAGAACGAAGGGAGCAAGGGCUUGUCUGUUCGUUGCGAGAAGGCUUUGGAUUUAUCCGCUGUGUUGAAAGAGAUCAAACCAUGUCCUUUCAUUUUGCUGAAGUACUGCGUUUGGGUCAAGAACUGAGCGUUGGUGAUGAGGUAGAAUUUACUGUUGAUCCAGUUACCUCUUUCUCUAACAUGAACACCCGUCAAUCUGCUAUCCGUAUCAAACACUUGCCAGCUGGCACUGUAAAGUUUGAGACAUUGGUUGAGAAAGGCAUUCGUGGUGUUAUCAGUAAAGAGGCGCAAUCAUUUUCCUCCUCAUCCAGCCCAACUCGAAAUGGAAGUUCGGAAAAUGGAAUCAUUACUUGCCACAUCAAUAACGUAAAGAAAAACAUACCCUUUGCCGCUAAUAAAUGCGAAGUAAAAGUACUUCCACGUGUGGGCGACAAAGUUCUGUUUGAUAUAUACCAGUCUAAGAGAACCAAAGACUUAGUAGCUAUGUCUGUACAAAUACAAACUUUGGGCACGGCCAAUGGUAGUUCUGCUAACGGAAACUCUCGGCCCAUCAUGCAAGGGUUCAUCGCAGCUUUGAAGGAUGGCUUUGGGUUUAUAGAAACAGCUGACCAUACUAAGGAAAUCUUUUUCCACUUCAGCAACCUCGAGCGCAAUCCAGACGGUCUUGAGCUCGGCAUGGAAGUUGAAUACUCGUUGGGAAGGAUCAGCAGUUCUGGUGGUGGAUGUGCCAGUGCUGAGUUUGUUCGUGUCUUGCCCCGAGGUACUAUCCCUAUUGCCAAGCCAUUGGAGGCGACCCUGAAUGGUACAGUUACGCGUACAAUGCGCGCAUUAAACCCGGACCAACUACAAUAUUCCGGUAUGAUCCAAGCUGAUAAUGGGACGUCAUAUGAGUUUGGAAUUAUGGGUCUAGCGUGCAAACGCGAGAUUCUUCAAAUCAGCGACCCGGUGACAUUCCAAGCUGACGUCGAGGGACGUGCGACUAACAUUGUGCCCGUUAGAAAGAAACGACGAGCCAUUGUAGACGCUAUCAAAGGUGGUUUCGGUUUCCUGUCUGUCGACGGUGAAGACAACCGGCGUCUUUUCUUCCACAUGUCGGAGGUGCGCGGCAACCACGCAGAUUUGCAACCAGGGGAUUCGGUCGAGUUCGUUAUGUUGACUAAUCCACGUAACGGCAAAUCGUCUGCUUGCAACGUUGUUAAGACGGGGAGCAAGGGAGCAGUUUCCAAGGCCCGUCCGGAGCGAUUGUUAGCGCGCCUUCGUACAAUUUCGCAAGAGGACGCAUCUACCCCUCGCGUGAUUGUAACACGGAUGCCUCGAGGACCCGACGGCACCAGGGGCUUUCGCACAAGGCGUCCUAUCAACGAACAACUUACCGAAUAAAGGCCUGAACUACAGCUAUUUAUACUGCUAUGCAUUGUAGGUAUGCAUUCUAGAUUUGUUUAAAUUCAAGGUAAACUCAAACAACCAUGGCACUCUCCAUCCCUUUAUAUGUAUUUCAUAUUCUUUAAUAUAAAAUAUUCAAAGGGUUUGUGUAAUACUGUCCUUUUUAUUUGUUAUACCUACAUUCCAAUUUAAAUCUAUUCAGAGAGUAGCCCUUAGAUACAAUUCCCUCAAUGUAUGAAUAAUAAGUACCGAACAAUGUAUGAAUUCGUAGUUUGUUCGAAAUUAAUUAUCGCAUUAUUUUGUUAUAAAAUGAAAUUUGUGAUUUUUGAGAGUGCCAAUCGUUGUACAGUUUAUGUAUUCAAGAGAGACUGACUGAUUCUCGGUUUAGCAGCAUUUAGAAAAUUUUAAUUUAUUUAGGUUAUUCAGUUGUCGUAUCAUAGUUGCGAGCAAAUUGCUUAGAUAUGAGCGUAAAACAUAUCAAAUUAUCGAAUUUUUUUGCUUCUUUAGUCAUGUGUUUGUAAGAGGUUCUUUUUCGCGAGGACACGUUGUUCAAAAUUCCAGUUUCACUUUAAUUAAAUAAUUGUAGGCGACACAUAACAAGUGUAGGGUUUUUUUUAUUUACUACAGUUUAAGCAAUGUACAAAUUCCUGUUAUUAUUAGUGUUAUGUGAACGUGGCGCGCAGCUCGUUUUUAAUUCAUCAUUCUUAUGAACAAUCACUAGGGAACGAAAAUAUUAAUUUACAGAAUUAUAAAAGUAUAUUAGAAUAGUUAUUCAGUAAAAGUAGAAAACUCUAUUAAAAAUAUUUAUAGAGUAUUUAAUAUGUGUUAGCUUAUCUCAAUUAAUAACAAUGCGUUCAAAAUUAAGUUAAAAAUUUUAUAAUUCUUAUAUGUAAAUUAAUAAGUCUAAUUUUAGUUAAACAUAUGUGUUCGUAAAUCAUCACCGACACUCGCUUAUUGCUGCGAGUUGUGUCAAUUUGUUCAAACAUUAGUUAAGUUAAUUUCAACAACGGUUUCCGUCUUUCGGCUAAUUGUAUUUCGCCCUCCUCAGUAGUGAAGUAAUCUAUUCCUAUUUUUCUUAUUCCUACUAUAAUAUUGAUACAGUAAUUUCAUUGGUAAAAAACAGGCAAAAUUUUUAUGGAGGCCUACCUUUCUCUUUUAGAAAAGUUUAUCCAGAUAAGGUUAGAAUACAGUACCCACCAACUAGUAGUAAUAGACGGUGCAAUCAUCGCCCAUGGUUUGAAGCAAGGCGUGGCGUAAUCGGGCGUGGUUUCGUAAUGCGUAACGGCUAAGUUAAAUUUAAAUUGUCCGCGCGACGAUGACAUGUAUUUAUGUAAAGUGUAUAUAAAUAUAUUUUUUUCUCACAUCUUUUAAUAUUGGUUAAAAAAUCAUCACACGAGUUUAAAUAUCGUAAAUACAAAUCUUGAUAAAAAUAUUCGUAAGGCGAUAGUUUUUAGGGGAGCUUAGUUACGUGUAACCUGUAUUGGCUAAUGUUGUCUUUUUGUUAAUAAUAUUUAGAUCUCUAUUGGAAAUUUUCCUGUGAUUAAUUGAAAACUUAAUGUGCAAUAAUUAAAGGAUAUACAUGUCCUCAGGGCACAUAAUCUAGUCUAGUUAUAGCCUUCAUGUGUUAUGUGUCGCGUGUAGGAUUCGUUUUGAGGUGAAAUUAUUUAGGCCAUUUUUAAUUAGGUCCGACUGACGGCCAUAAUUUUUCCUGUGCUCUUAUUGACACGACCGCUUAAUUUAAAUGUUUAUUGUGAUAUGUGAGCAAUAAUAUGUGUUUUUUCGGAAUAAAUUGUGAUUGCGGUGCUUUCGUCACGAUUUAUUUUUUAUAUAAAUUAUUUUUACCAGCUUUUUGGACGUUUAAUAUGAAAUUUAUUUAUAGCGUAUUACCCUGUUUUGUAGGUGUUAACUAAACACCAAUUAUAAUAUGUACUAUGUAGUGCCUUUACGUUGUUUCCAAACUAUAAAUUUAGAGGCUAAUUUUGACUUAUUAAAGUUGGUUAAGAAUUUCUGGUGUAAGUCAUAACAAUGCUAAUGUUUAAAAUGUCUCAAUGUUUAUAUAAAGUUUGUAAGGAAUUUUGAACAAUCGUCGCCGAUUGCCUUAUGCUUCGUGUUUUUUUAUUUUGCUAUAUUAUACUCUUUUAUAUUUUGUACAGGUAUAUAUUAUCAAGUGACAGCCAGUUUCACACUUUAUUUCACUAUACAUAUAUCUGAAAUAUAUCAUUUUAUUUAACCAAAGUACAGUUUCACUUCUUAAUAUAAACCUAUACAUGCCUAUGUAACCACGUUAUAUUAUGAAAGUGGAUAAUUAAUAUUCGAUGUUGUAGUGUAUUGAUCCCCGGAUCGAUUCGGGUUUAGGUAUUAUUAUGUACUAGUCUUAACUUUAACCAUUACUUCGGAUAAAUUAUCAGAGCAGACGAGUGUCUUGUAUCGAAGAUCUGAUUAAGUUAACGCUACACCGCCAAUUGAAGUUCAUACCGUGUAUACCUGUCGAAGUGUGCCGUAUCUUUUUUCCGAAUUUACACAAAUUGAAAUAUAAUAAAUGUUAAUCAACAAUAACUAUUUCAUUGCAUAUGUUAGUACCUUUCUAAAAUUACGUAGGUUUGGCGGACACCAUAUUUUACAUGCCUAAAAGAACCUCUAACUUAAAUAUCGAAUGUUAAAAUUGAUAUUCGGAAUUGCAAAUUUUGGAUACUGAAGAUUAUAUUUUUUAGUUUAUCCUCUAUGAUAUGACAAAAUAGUUAUGCCAAAAGUUUAUAAAGUGUGUACAAUAAAGAUGUGAUUUAAAUGAACAAAAUGAAAACGAUCACGACCAAGAAUGAUUGAGGUCAUGGCGUGUUCAUUUGUACCUUAUAUACGUACGGAAAUCUUCUAAAUAGGUUUUUUCUUUAAAUUUUUGUUUGUAUCGUACUGUGUAAUAUAAACUCCUACAGAACGCAGUAUGAUGUUGUCGAAUAUUAGCUCUCAAACAUGCAACAAAGUACACUAAAUAUAAUAUAUAUAAACUAAUAAACAAUGUGAUUAAAACAUU